CGGCUCAGCGUCACAGCGCAGGCGGCGGCGGGGAGAUGCGGCUGCUGGCGCUGGUGGCGGCCGCCUUGCUGGCGCGGGCUCCGGCCCCGGACCUCUGUGGGGCCCUCAACGUGACCCUGUCCCCGGGGCCCGUGGCUGACUUCCUGGAGGGGGACAACGCCACUCUCCUCUGCCGCGUCUCCCAGAAGAGGUGGGGGAACAGCUUGCUGGCCGUGCGCUGGUUUUUUGGGCGCCCCAACUCCAAGGUGUCCUUGAUGGUGAGGAGGAGCAAGCACGGGGCGGUGAAGUACUACGGGAAGUUCCACAACAGCUCCUCCCAGCAGCGGCUGCGCCUCUGGGAGCAGAGGCAAGGGAGGCUCCACAAUUACUCGCUCUCUGUUCUGACCCUGCGGCCAGCGGACCAAGGGCACUAUGUCUGCAAAGUCCAGGAGAUCAUCCAGCAAAGGAAAAGGUGGACGAUCCUGUCCAACAGCUCCGCAGAGACAGAACUGAGAGUGAUUCCCCUCAAAGCUUCUGAAGACUCAUCCUUUGGGAAGACGGGGACGUGGGCAUUUUUUGCAGAUCUCUACGUGUGUGCCGUGCUCCUGUGCUGCCUGGGCAUCCUCAGCGUGCUGCUCUUCACCCUCGCCAUCGCCUGGCAGUCUGUGCUCAGCAAGAGGAAACCCAGAGUGAGAAAAUAUUUGGUGAAAUGCCCUCAGAACAGCUCAGGGGAGACUGUCACCAGCGUGACCAGCUUGGCCCCCUUGCAGCCCAAGAAGGGCAAGAGGCGGAAGGAGAAGGCUGACGUUCCUCCCGAAGUCCCUGCCAAAGCUCCCACAGCCGCCACGCCCCACAAGCUGAAGCUGCUGAAGCCACAAAGGAGAGACGCCCUGCCGCGGAUUGCCGAGGAGAACCUGACCUACGCCGAGCUGGAGCUGACCAAGCCCCCGCGGACAGCCAAGGGCAUCCCCACCAGCACUGUCUAUGCCCAGAUCCUCUUCCAGGAGAACACGCUGUAGCCCGUCCUCUUCCGUGGUCCUGUUCAACUCUGCCACCCAGUUAUUUAUGAGCCCUUGGAAGCGAAGUCCUUGUUUUUGCAUUUUCACUUGUGCCUUCUGUGAGGCGGGGAUCCCUCUCUUAGGGCGUUCCGGUGCCUUUAGAGGUGCCGGGCUCCUCCCCUCAAGAGUGGGGCCCUGGCCCGUGGACAAGUCUUCUGGGACAGUGUUUUCUGGGUAUCCAAGGAGAUGCUCUGCUGAGCCAACCCCCUUCCCAGUUUCAGCUUCUUCCUCUGGAUUUUAAUUUUUACUUCUUAAUAUUAAUCUUUUAUCUUCCUGUGUCUGUGAUAUUAAGCUCGUGGUAUAUAGUAUAGCUAGAGGAAUGCCACUAUAGGCCAAGGCGUGAGUGGUAGAUAUGGACUGAUUGGUUUUCAGAAGAUCAGACAGCCUUGCCAGGGCCCCCAGAGCAGAGCAAAUGGCUUAUUGCCCCCAGUUACUCCACAAGGCGCCCUUGUAAACAGAUGCCCUGACCCUGCGAUUUAAGGGGAGACAGGCAUGUGGUGGGGAAGUCUGAGGUCUAAUGGACAACGAACUGUCUCUGACGCCCCCACCACAGACAAGCAGAGCCCUGCUACGGGCCCACCCCUGCGGCAGCAUGGACCAGCCCUGCACAGAAAUAGGCAUCCUCCAAAAAGGCCUUACGCUUUUCCAGAGGAGCAGGGGCUGCCAUCCUGACACCGAGGAAGCGGCCUCCGGGAUCUGGGCCGAGGCCACCACUCCGACUGGAUGUCUACUCCCUGGAGCGCGGUGUUGCCAGGCCCUCAGGGUGGAGCUUCGCAGAGCAAGUCCAGGGAGGAGGGCCUGUGGCUAGACAGUGCUCAUGUGUCUAGGGAGCGUGGGAAGUGCAUGCCCUGGGAAGGCGGUCCUAAGGACCCUACUGUGCAAAGGACCUUGCCCUCCUGAACCUGCGUGCACUUCCUGGUGGGUUUGGGUGGGGGUCCGGCAGGAUCGUGUGGCGUAGUUGCCCAGGGCCUCACUGAAGACGACUCGUUCUCGCGAGGGCCAUCCUGCCAACCGUGUGGUUAAGGACACUGCUUUCUGCGUGAGUGCGCCCUGGGUUACUAUUGCCCAUGACAGACAUUGUUUGGUUACGUAUGGACCAUGUACAUGUGAUAAAUUACAUACUUUAAACACAGCCUUGAGUGUAAGCGGUGCCCCUUGUGCAGCCAUGUGAA